GACACAUAUUGGGCACACCAGCAUUUUUUCAGGAAUAGAUGGGUUCUAAAGUUAAAAUAUCCAAACUUUGGAUUCAAAAAAGAAAAAGAAGGGCAUGGCCACAAAUUGCAUGAGAAUGAGGUUGCUAUUUUUAAAGGUGAGAAGGGUGAUGUAGUGGGGGCCCAAUCAGAGGCAGCAUACACAGUUGGAGGGCAUUCUUUCAGUGCCGCUGUUAUUGAAUACGUAAUUUUGAAGAUGAAACCACCAGUCCAUAGACCACAAAUCGCUCUGCUUUUGGCACUGCACAAGCUAAAGGUGUCUGAUGAGCAAAAAGAUCUUGCUGUCAAUUCCUUUGAACCGCUUGUAGUUUGCGCUCUAAGCUGUGGAAUGUACUCGUCACCUGCGAUAAGGAUUUAUACAGCUAAGAAUGUGAAGGACGAGCUCCAGGAAGCUCAGCAUGAUUUUAUUCGAGCUUCAGUAGGGGUUAGCAGCAAAGGGAAGCUUUUGGUACCAAAAAUGAUACACAGCUUUGCCAAAGGAUUUGUAGAUGAUGAAAAGUUGGCUGUAUGGAUAUCACAUUACCUUCCAUCCCAACAAGCUGCCUUUGUUGAAAAAUGCAUGUCGAAGAGGCGGCAAAGCAUCCUCAGUUCCCGCAAUUGUGGCAUUGUUCCCUUUGAUUCUCGAUUCCGAUACCUGUUUCUGCCUGAAAAAAGUUUACCUUGUUAA